AUGUCGGGCAAAAUGACAUUGUACAAGCUGGUGGUGCUCGGGGAUGGAGGUGUUGGAAAGACAGCUCUGACAAUCCAGUUGUGCCUCAAUCAUUUCGUGGAGACGUAUGACCCUACUAUUGAAGACUCGUACCGAAAGCAAGUGGUCAUCGACCAACAGUCAUGCAUGCUCGAAGUGCUGGACACCGCGGGCCAGGAGGAAUACACGGCACUGCGCGACCAGUGGAUCCGCGACGGCGAAGGCUUCGUUCUUGUCUACAGCAUUACCUCGAGAGCCUCGUUCUCUCGCAUCACCAAGUUUUACAACCAAAUCAAAAUGGUCAAGGAGUCCGCCAGCUCUGGUUCGCCAUCCGGUACCAGCUACCUCGGCUCACCCGUCACGUCCACCCCGGGUGGACCGACAUUGCCCGUACCCGUGAUGCUGGUGGGAAACAAGAGUGACAAGGCCAUGGAACGCGCAGUCUCUGCACAGGAGGGUCAAGCGUUGGCCAAGGAGCUCGGUUGUGAAUUCGUCGAGGCCUCGGCGAAGAACUGCAUCAAUGUGGAAAAGGCCUUUUAUGACGUGGUGCGCAUGCUUCGUCAACAGCGCCAAAACACACAAAAUUCCAAGGGCCGCGGAGGCGGCGCGCAUGGCUCUUCCGGCCGAGAUCGGGACGCGGGCCCUGAAUACCCAAAGUCAUUCCGUCCAGAUCGGCGACAUCGUAGUCGGCUGAACUGCGUGCUGCUUUGA